CCUCCGGGUGAAGGGCGUGGCUAGAGCCGCCGAACUGGACCGGGAUUACAUUGGGCUGUUACCCGCGGGGGCGGGAAGGAGGAGCCAACAGAGGCGGGACAGUGACGCGCGGUUCCGAAGGAAAGGAGAUCAGCGGCGCGGCGCCCCCUGCGGGAAGCGAGCACACGUGGACACGCGCGCCGGGGGAAAUGAGCUCCUACCCACACCGCGGCUUCCAGGCGUGAGCGUGAGAGGGCCUCGCUGACCUCGGGAAUUGUGCUUCACCGUCCUUUCCCGAGGAAGUCCGUCGUCGUGCCCGCCCGCAGGCCUGGCUGGCUGGGCGUGGGGGCGCAGGUGUUGCCUCGUCCGCCUCGGCCGUGGAAGGAACGCGCGCGGAGUGCCCAUUAGGCAGUCAGCGCGGCUCUCCUGAAGCUCAGGUCUUACCCUGUCGCAGCCCGCCUACUCAAAAGGAGAAAUAUCGAGCCAAAUACUGAAGAGAUGUCAGAAGAUUCAGAAGAAGACUAUUCAGAUAGAACAAUCAGUGAUGAAGAUCAAUCAGAUGAGGAUACCUACAUGAAAUUUGAAGAUCUCCACCAAUGUGCACUUUUAACAGCUGACUCCAUCACUGACCCAUUUUUCCCCCGGACUACACAGAUACUGUUGGAAUACCAGCUAGGGAGAUGGGUGCCACGUCUUCGUGAGCCACGAGAUUUAUAUGGUGUCUCUUCUUCUGGUGAACUGAGCCCAACACGGUGGCCGUACCACUGUGAGGUCAUUGAUGAAAAAGUCCAGCAUAUUGAUACGACUCCUCCUUAUUCUGAGCCAGUGUACAUCCCAACAGGCCUAGAGAUCGAACCCAUUUAUUCAAACUCCAAGGAAGAUACAGUAGUUUAUCUAGCUGAAGAUGCUUACAAAGAGCCGUGCUUUGUAUAUUCUCGAGUUGGGGGCAACCGAACAGCCCUGAAGCAGCCUGUGGAUAAUUGUGACAACACUUUGAUGUUUGAAGCAAGGUUUGAGAGUGGUAAUCUACAGAAGGUAGUCAAAGUGGCAGAAUAUGAAUACCAGUUGACUGUGCGCCCUGACCUCUUCACAAAUAAACACACCCAGUGGUACUAUUUCCAAGUCACUAAUACCCAAGCAGGAAUAGUCUACAGAUUCACUAUUAUCAAUUUUACCAAGCCUGCUAGUCUUUACAACCGGGGUAUGCGCCCACUGUUUUAUUCUGAAAAAGAGGCCAAGACUCAUAAUAUUGGCUGGCAGAGAAUUGGAGAGCAAAUCAAGUAUUACAGGAACAACCCCGGGCAAGAUGGGCGCCAUUAUUUCUCCCUUACGUGGACAUUUCAGUUUCCACACAGCAACGAUACCUGCUACUUUGCUCACUGCUAUCCGUACACUUAUACCAACCUGCAAGAAUACCUUUCUAACAUCAAUAAUGACCCAGUACGGUCGAAGUUUUGUAAAGUACGUGUCUUGUGCCACACAAUUGCUAGGAAUAUGGUGUACAUUUUAACGAUCACUACCCCCUUGAAGAAUGCUGACUCAAGAAAACGAAAGGCGGUGAUUUUGACUGCAAGGGUACAUCCAGGAGAAACCAACAGCUCAUGGAUCAUGAAAGGCUUCCUAGAUUUUAUUUUAGGAGACUCACGUGAUGCACAGUUGCUUCGGGACACUUUCAUCUUCAAGGUGAUACCCAUGCUGAAUCCCGAUGGUGUGAUUGUAGGAAAUUACCGGUGUUCCUUAGCUGGACGAGAUUUAAACCGUAACUACACCUCUCUCCUGAAGGAAUUGUUCCCUUCUGUUUGGUAUACCCGGAACAUGAUCCACAGAUUGAUGGAGAAACGAGAGGUUAUUUUAUACUGUGACCUUCAUGGCCAUAGCAGGAAAGAGAACAUCUUCAUGUAUGGCUGUGGCGGAAGUGAUAAGUGUAAUAAAGCAUUGUACUUACAGCAGCGAAUUUUCCCACUUAUGAUGAGCAAAAACUGUCCAGAUAAAUUUUCAUUCUCAGCUUGCAAGUUUAAUGUUCAGAGGAGCAAAGAAGGAACAGGCAGGGUGGUGAUGUGGAAAAUGGGAAUCAGGAACAGCUUUACCAUGGAGGCUACUUUUUGUGGAUCUACUCUGGGUGAUAAACGAGGCACUCAUUUCAACACAAAAGAUUUGGAGUCAAUGGGGUAUCAUUUUUGUGAUUCUCUCUUGGACUAUUGUGAUCCAGACCGAACUAAGUAUUAUCAGUGCCUAAAAGAAUUAGAAGAAAUGCAAAAACAUAUAAACUUGGAAAAAGUCCUUGAUGAUUCAGAUACUUCUUUGAAAGAAAUUACAGUGGAGUCUAGUAGCCGAGGCUCUGACAGUUCAGAAUCGAAUGAGUCUCAGAGUUACAUUCUCAAGUUAACUUCUCAGAUAAACGCCAAGAAAAAACAUCUGAGAACAAAGAAGGAAAGAAAUUCUACCCUAGCAAGACAUAAAAAUGCCAGAGAAGAGAGAGAGGUUUGUGGUAGAGGAUAUUUAAUACCAAGACACAAAGAAUCAAACUCUGAUGCGAAAGCUGCAAGGCCAAAUGUAUCAGAUGAUCGUAUAUUUGAUUAUUUCAGAAGACCGUUUCCUAAUCAAGAUUUGGAUCUGCAUAGCAACCUGAAAAGCAAAAUGAGACAAUCUGCAUCUUUCCAAAGCAAGAAGACUCAUGUAAAUUGGACAGAUGAUGAAAAAAGAAUCUACAGGGAUAAAAGAAUAGCUCAAACUGAAGAAAUACUGCAAUAUUUGAUCCCCAUCAUGAAAAGCACGACAAAUGUGAGAACCAAUCAGAUAAAACAGAUAUUCAAACCUCGCACCAACUUCCAAAUCCAACGUCAAUUAGUAAAUCCAGCUACUUAUGUAAACUUGGGCAGCGCAUCUUGGGCACCAUCCAGUCAUCUCCCUUUUAUAGGCCAAAGGAACCUUCUGGCAAGCUCUUCAGGAUGGCUCCAAUCUGUGUCCCAGAAGUCGUGUGAAAGCCUGUCACUUCUCAGAGGGCACAAGAAAAGGAAAGCAUGUUCUGCACUCGGUGCCAUAAAGACUAAAGACGUGAAACCUGUCAGCAGCAGAUGGGAGAUUCCUUCCUCAGGUUUUGAGAAGGACGUGAAUAUUACCAAAAGCCGGAGACCUCAAGCUGAAGAAUUCAACCUGCAAACCUCCAUGCGGAUAGCCCCCAAUCCAACUCAAACUAACGAUGAGCAGCCAAAUAAGAAUGAGGGACAACCCAUCUUCCAUUUGAAGUUCCAAAGGCAGAAAUAAUCUACUUUAUGAUACUCUGAAGACUGUGGGUGAAAGUUAACAUAUGCUUACCUAUUAAAAAGAAAAGAGAAAGAGAAGCCCUCUCCAUCCCUCUUAACACCAUUUCUCUCCCUACACAUGCAUAUGCAUAUACUAAACUACAAACCCUACAUACUCCAUCUUCUGUAGUGAGAACAUCUUUCAGAAAUAUAAAAGGGAAUCUGGAGCCCUGGUCAGUGUGGUGCAGUGGCUAGAGCAGUGA